AUGUCUGGCGCCGAAGCAGGCCCCGUCCUUGAUCUGAUUUCGUCCGUUAUUACGGUUAUCCAUGCAACUCGACGAGCCUACGAGGCUAUCAAGGACACCAAAGGCCUCCCCAGAAGUAUUAAGAAGUCAGCGUUGAAGCUACACGCCAUCUUGAAGCUCCUCGAAGAUGCUAAAAAGUCUAUUGAAACUGUAGCGGAUGAGACCACCCCAUCUACUCUCAGGCCCACUCUUGAGAAUGUUAAAUGCCAGGCAAUGCGUCUACACGAUUUAUUUGCAAAAGUUAUACCUGAGGAUGCGGUUAAGCUGGAAUCCUCGCUGCCCGAGGGCUUCGAGAAUGCGCCUACCUUUGCACACCAUGGCAGCGGUACCCAAAGCAACAGUAUAGGCGGUGGAACUCAAAAUAACAACAAUGGUCCAGGCCAACAAUACAUUGGGAAAAAUUAUCUCGGUCCAAGACUGUCCUUGAACACGAAUGAUAAAGAUGUGAUACGCCAAUGCCUACGAGAGGUUACUAUAAAGGGUCAUUGGUGCGUGCCCCGGGCUGUCAAUACGCACUUCACUGGCCGUGUCGAAAUCAUAAAGCGAGUCAAAUCAGCAAUAACCCUGCAAGAGAGGAGUCAGAAACAAAGACGAUUUGUUAUUACAGGCAUGGGGGGUCUGGGGAAAAGUGAAAUAUGCCUAAAAGUUGCGGAUGAAUUGCGAGAAGCUUUCUGGGGUGUCUUUUGGGUCGAUGUAGGGAGUGAAUCUGCAGCAACCGACGACUUUAUCAAAAUAGCAAAGAUACUUAGGUCGACUGCUGAAACAAUUGAUGGCGCACGACAAUCACUAUCUAACGAGGAGCGUGACUGGCUUCUCAUAUUGGAUAAUGCAGACGACCCUGACUUUGACUACACCCGUUAUUUUCCGUCUGGAACCAGAGGUGCCAUUCUCCUGACGUCAAGAAAUAAUAGGUGCAACCGACUAAGUACCGUUGGAUCUGAGUCACUUGGGAGUUUGGAGCCCGCUGACUGUCUAAGCCUAUUUUACCAAGUAGCAGGAAUUGAGCCGUCAGAUAGAUAUAAAGAGCCUGCAAUGCGUAUUGUUAAACUUCUUGACUCUCACACGCUCGCGUUAAUACAAGCAGGGGCAUACAUUGCACAGGACUUCUGCUCUGUCGAGGAGUAUCCUGCAGUGUAUAAAAUAGAGUCAAAACGUCUAUUAUCUUUGGGUCCAGAUCAAGCGCCGCCGAGGUACCACAAUGUCUAUGCCACUUUUGAAGCAUCUGUGCAGGCCUUGAGUUCCUCAAGGAGGGAGAAUAGCCAGGAUGCACUGGAUAUGCUUCAUCUCCUAGCCGUUCUACAUUAUAGCAAUUUACCACUAGAGCUAUUCAAGGAUGCGUGGGACGGCGCUCAAGUCGCUCAAGAGAUACCCGAAGGAAAUGCCAACAUUGACGACCUUUCCGACUGGCACGUCUCCCAACUACCCCAAACUAUACAAUGGCGCAAGAAUACCUGGGACCCAUUUCGGUUACAGAGUGCUCAAAACCUACUACAGUCCCUCGCCCUGGUCCAGAGGGGAGAGGAGCGCGGUGCGAAAACAGUUUCCUUGCAUCCCCUUGUGCAUAAAUGGGCCUACUUACGUCAGGUUGAUGCUCAACGCCGCCAGUCAUGGGUAUCUGCUGGGUGUACUAUCGCACUAUCUUACUAUGGGACUACUAGGUGGACGCCAUAUUGGCUCUUAUUACAGCUGCACCUACAUUCACUUUUGAGCAGGGAAGAUGGACACACAUGCAUACCUCCGUCAUCGAUGCCAGAGCUUCAAAUUGUCUUCCAAUGCUGUGAACUGAUGAAUGAGUUACGGAUGGACUACCUGGCUAGGGAAGCAUUGAAUAACUUAUUUCAUAGGCUGAAGCUCGACCCUAUUGAACCUCAGGAAGAAUAUAUGCCACUCUAUAAGUUAGCUGGGCGGAACCUGUACAACGUGGGCGAUGUCAAGAAAGGAGUAAAACUAUGGGAGAAGGUCUGUCAUCUUGAAGAGUUAAAACUGGCUGAAGAUCAUCCAAAUCGACUAGCAUCACAGUACGGACUCGCUUGUGCUUACCAUGGCAAUGGUCAAGUCAAAGAGGCUGUGCAGCUCCUUGAGCAUGUUGUCAAAAUACAAAAGACAGUACUGGCUGAAGAUCACCCGGAUCAACUGACAUCACAGCACACACUCGCUGGUGCCUAUGAGGCAAAUGGUCAAGUCAAAGAGGCUAUACAGCUCCUUGAGCAUGUUGUUAAAGUAUCAAAGACAGUACUAGCUGAAGACCAUCCAAGUCGACUAGCAUCACAGCAUGAACUCGCUGGUGCCUAUGAGGCGAAUGGUCAAGUUAAAGAGGCCGUGCAGCUUCUUGAGCAUGUUGUCAAAGUAAGGACAAUAGUACUAGCUAAAGAUCAUCCGGGUCUAUUGUCAUCACAGCAUGAACUUGCUACUGCUUACCAUACAAAUGGUCAAAUUAAAGAGGCUAUACAGCUGCUUGAGCAUGUUGUCAAAAUACAAAAGACAGUACUGGCUGAAGACCAUCCAAGUCGACUAGCAUCACAGCACGCACUCGCUGGUGCCUAUGAGGCAAAUUGUCAAGUCAAAGAGGCUAUACAGCUCCUUGAGCAUGUUGUUAAAGUAUCAAAGACAGUACUAGCUGAAGACCAUCCAAGUCGACUAGCAUCACAGCAUGAACUCGCUCGUGCUUAUCAGGCAAAUGGUCAAGUUAAAGAGGCCGUGCAGCUCCUUGAGCAUGUUGUUAAAGUAGAAAAGAUAGUACUGGCUGAAGACCAUCCAGCUCGACUGGCAUCACAGAAUCUGCUUACCUGGAUUAGAGACAAACAUUCAAGCAUGGGCAGCUAA